AUGAAGUUUUCUAGAGUAGGCAUCAGCGAAUGUUCUUCUCUUCAAUGUUCUUAUUCAACUCAAUGUACAACAAAAAACGAAACUUGUUGUGCCUACAUUCUUAAACAUUUUUUGGUAUUUCUGGAUGGAUUUUUCCGAAGUCAUAAUCUAACAUACGUAGUUAUCUAUGGCAGCCUACUUGGAGCUGUACGUGAUCAUACUAUUAUUCCAUGGACACAUGAUAUUGAUGUAGGUUACUUUAACAGUACAUAUCUCCACUCAAAUGAAAUUCGUAAUGAACUGUAUGAAAAUGGCUAUCAUUUGUUCGAGGCUAUUGGCAUGUCUCGUAUAUGUGUGCGCAAGAACAAUUCAAUAACAAAUUGGCUCACUACACAAAUUGUUCAUCGUAAAUCACCAACAGUAAUGGGGGACUUAUCUGCCUACAUUGACUUAUAUACAGCCGCCAAAAACGCAACAAAUCCAAUAUCGAAUAUUUCUAUAUACACCAUUCAAACCAACGAUAAUUUUUUGACACCGAUUUCUUUUGAGAAAAUGGUGGAAAUAGAUGGGCAAACAUUUCCAACUGUAGAUAAUGUUCACGAACAUCUCGUUUAUAACUAUGGUAAUCGAUAUAUGACCGAAAUAAGUGAUCGAACGAUGUGA